GCAUGGACAUUGCCAUUGAGGACUUCCACCAUUUUAAAGUAGUCAAGUGGGUGAUGAUUCCUAUGAGUUGGAAGCGAUCAGCCAUUGAAGAAGAAAUAAGAAAACUGCCUUCCAUCUUUGAGGACAUGUAUUUCCGCUGUUAGAUGUGUCACUUGACUAUCUUGUCUAUCUUUGAGCUCAGAAAUCGAGGUCCGAAUUCAUCUUUCAUAUUCUAUGUUUAUCGGAUAUAUUGGAGACAGAGGGGCCCGGUCUAAGCCCUUAGACAAGGGUUGGUUCAGAUAGAACCACCGGAUAACUAAAACUGUGUUUGACCUUGCCACUGCCACAAACGGUUAUAAGUUACUUCCACGGGUGUCGGGUGGGGAUGUUGCUAACUUUCUAGCCAGCUGUCUGAGCGCAUCUAUAUUGAGCGAUUAGAAGCUUCAAGUAAGAGUCAAUUAGCUUGCAAGCCAGCAGACGAGCUAACCUGUAUUGAAUUGAGAAAGAAUCCCGUACAGACUGGAUGAGCAUAAGGACUACAUCAAUGAGCUCUCCCAUGAGGUCCUCUGCCACAUAUUCCGGUAUCUACCUAUGCAGGACGUCAUGUGUAUGAAGUGCCUGUCUCGGAAGCUCCGAGAGGCGGUAACACAGUACCUGCGCAGGGGUGAAGGUGGUGGACCUGUGUGCCAGCCGCUGGUGGGAGUACAUUCCCUCAGCAGGAUUCACGGACCCCAGUUUCCUCAUGCUGCUGAAGAAGAUGCCAGACCUGGAGCAGCUGUAUGGGCUGCACCCCCGCUACCUGGAGCGGCACAGGGUCCGGGAAUACCAUGCUUUCAGCAUCCCAGGGGUACUAGAGGCUCUUCAGGCCUGGCCCAAUCUGCUUGGGUGAAUGUGCCAGAGAUCCCUUGUGUGUUCAUGUUGAGACACCUCUACCUAAAGUGGGUUCGCCUGACCAAGCCCCAGCCCUUCAAAGACUUCCUGUGUGUCAGCCUACGGACCUUUGUGAUGAGGAACUGCGCGGGCCCCACCAACUCCCUGAGUGCGUUCCCCUGGUGACAGGCCUGGCUUCUGCCCACAACCUGGAGCAGCUGGAGUUUGUCAGAAUAACCUUCCUGGGGAGGCUCAUCCAGCACGUGGUGGAGGACAGCUGGAAGUCAGCUCCAGAGUCCAAUGGUGAUGAGCUUUACACCACUCCAGCCGAUGCCUGGCAUUGCGCAUGGGGAUAUUAGGCUUGUGUGCGGCUGCUCGACCAUGGAAACAUACUUCAUGAAGCUGCUGACUAACAAACACCUUCCGGAGGGCUGUGCCCGUGUGGGUCUGAGUGCUGGCACUGGGAUAGGUGUCUCCUCAGCUCUGGUCAGCAACCAGAACUCGCACAACAACAACGCACCCAACAUCCCACCGCACAACAAUGACAACGAGGAGGGUGGUGCUGCCAUGCCUCAGCCACAACACAGGGCCGAGGAGCUUCCUGAGGUGAAUUGGAUGGUGCUGGAAGAGAACAUUGAGGCUGAGGUGGUGGGCCAGGCCUGGCCUGGCCUGUCGAGGAGGAAGAACCGCCUGGUCCUGGUCCCAGUCAGCCUGCUGAGGAGGAAGAACCGCCUGGUCCCGGUCCCAGUCAGCCUGCUGAGGAGGAAGAACCGCCUGGUCCCAGUCAGCCUGCUGAGGAGGAAGAACCGCCUGGUCCCAGUCAGCCUGCUGAGGAGGAAGAACCGCCCGGUCCCAGUCAGCCUGUCGAGGAGGAAGAACCGCCUGGUCCCGGUCCCAGUCAGCCUGCUGAGGAGGAAGAACUGCCUGGUCCCAGUCAGCCUGCUGAGGAGGAAGAACUGCCUGGUCCCAGUCAGCCUGCUGAGGAGGAAGAACCGCCCGGGUCCCAGUCAGCCUGCAGAGGAGGAAGAACCGCCUGGUCCCGGUCCCAGUCAGCCUGCUGAGGAGGAAGAACCGCCUGGUCCCGGUCCCAGUCAGCCUGCUGAGGAGGAAGAACCGCCUGGUCCCGGUCCCAGUCAGCCUGCUGAGGAGGAAGAACCACCCGGUCCCAGUCAGCCUGUCGAGGAGGAAGAACCACCUGGUCCCGGUCCCAGUCAGCCUGCUGAAGAGGAAGAACCGCCCGGUCCCAGUCAGCCUGUCGAGGAGGAAGAACCGCCUGGUCCCGGUCCCAGUCAGCCUGCUGAGGAGGAAGAACCACCUGGUCCCAGUCAGCCUGCUGAGGAGGAAGAACCACCCGGUCCCGGUCCCAGUCAGCCUGCUGAGGAGGAAGAACCGCCUGGUCCCGGUCCCAGUCAGCCUGCUGAGGAGGAAGAACCGCCUGGUCCCAGUCAGCCUGCCAACCCUCAGCCUGACAAGGAACAAGCAGGUCCCAGUGGUGUUCAGUUUGUGGUGAAGAAGCCUCCAGUGGUGAUGUCUGACUCGGACAGUGAGGAUGAGGAGGGCCCUGCCAGACACCAGGCUCCUGGCUGGCCCCAGCAACACACCACCUAUCCUCCUGAACCACCACAGCCCACUGGCAAGACUGCCACUGCUGAGGAGACAGCCACACACAGUAGUGGUAAAGGGAAGACGCCCCUGCGUCAGCGAGGGUCGCCCCUGCGUCAGCACCACAGUGGGCUGUGUACGCUCUGUCCGCUGGAGAGAAGACUCAGAGAACCGGGAGGAACAGGCCAGAGCCAGGGCAGGGGAGCUGGGAGACGAGGGGGUGAUCAGGACUCGCUGCACCUGCAGUAGGGCUCGCCCCGGCCCAGAGGAAAGGACUCGAGGUGGGCCCAACCACCCAUCCUCUGGAGGGUCAGGAGGAGGGGACAGGACCCCAGAGAGAAGGCAGGAUCUGGGGGGGAGAGCAGGGGCAGAGGGGCUGGAGGCCCGGGGACCUUGUUGAGGAGAGCCCAGCCAGGGCGAGGGGUAUGGCUGAGGGGCAUGGUGGUGAGAGGAUGUCGGGUCAGAGCUUCAGCUUCAGUCAAUGCCACUCUGACAUUACUUGUCCUAAUAUUUAUAUAUUUCUUAAUCCCAUCAUUUGAAUUUUAGAUUUGUGUGUAUUGUUGUAUAGUGUUAGAUACUACUGUACUGUUGUAGCUAGCGACACAAGCAUUUUGCUACACUCACAAUAACAUCUGCUAAAUAAGUGCAUGUGACCAAUAACAUUUGUAACGUCACUAGCUACAGUAGACUAUGCAGGCUUUAGGGGAGGGGCAGGUAGCCUACACACACAAACUGGCAAAGAUUUUCAGCUGGCAGGCAGGCAGACACUGGAAUAAACCAGUGUGCUUUACCUAGCCACUUUGUUUUUUUGUGGGACUGGAAAGAAAUGCCCAGAACAUUAAAUAAUGUUAUUAACUGGUUCCCAUGCUUUUAAAAUAAUGGAUCUGUUCCGGAACUGUAUAGAUCACUUUCGUUCUUGCAUCUGGUUAUUUUCCUCUAAAAAAUGUUCUUCUUUCACAGUUUUCUGUUCCCUGAAUGGGUUCCAACCCCUGACAUUUGGUGUGUUACUGCCCUUCUGUUUCCUACAGUAGAUCUCUUUCUUUAUCAUGGCCCUGGUGUCAUUAUAACUACAGCCAGCAGGUGGUGCUGUUGAAUCCCUUCUGACCUCAAUCAGCCAUAUUGUACUGUACUGUUGACAUGGUGGUCAAGAACCAGUUCCUUCCUUCCUCUAUCUAAAAACCUGACAUAAACAACCACUUUCAUUUAAUCAACAGGGAGCUCAUUAAGUAUGAGUUCUUCCCCGAAGCCAUGCGGACGGAAGAGGAUGUGAAGAAGUAUCCCAACUACUCCUGGGGCCGAGACAUCUACACCUUGGAGGGAGUGGUAGAUGAAGUCCCCUACUCCAUGAUCACAGACUUCCCCUGGCUCCGUACCCUACGUGCAGCUGACCCCAACAGUUACGCACGCUACGACUUUGAGGAUGAUGAGAGCAGUGAGUGACUAUGUCCACAGCUCCACCAGGCCAAACUGCUGUCCUAUUUCUACUAUCAUUGGUAGUUGUGUUAUAUGAUCCCAGUGAUCUGGCUCUUUGUCUGUUGAGCCAUUCACAUGAAUGUUUAGAUCUUUUCAGGGCCUUCUUCUGUGAUCGGUCUGGUACCUACCUGAUAGUUAGCACUGAGUCUGUGCCAGUCAAUCAUAAGGUGCAGCCACUCGCUUUGUCCUGCAGCCACUCUCUUUGUCCUGCGGCCACUCUCUUUGUCCUGCGGCCACUCCCGUUGUCCUGCGGCCACUCUCUUUGUCCUGCGGCCACUCUCUUUGUCCUGCAGCCACUCUCUUUGUCCUGCGGCUACUCUCUUUGUCUUGCAGCCACUCUCUUUGUCCUGCAGCCACUCUCUUUGUCCUGCAGCCACUCUCUUUGUCCUGCGGCCACUCUCUUUGUCCUGCGGCCACUCUCUUUGUCCUGCGGCCACUCUCUUUGUCCUGCGGCUACUCUCUUUGUCCUGCGGCCACUCUCUUUGUCCUGCGACUACUCUCUUUGUCCUGCAGCUACUCUCUUUGUCCUGCAGCCACUCUCUUUGUCCUGCAGCCACUCUUUUUGUCCUGCAGCCACUCUCUUUGUCUUGUAGCCACUCUCUUUGUCUUGUAGUGCUCCUACUGUGACUUCUGCACCCACCCAGCGUUGAGUGAGAACUAGUGCUUUACUGCCUUUCCUAUGGCGCUCCAGGGAGUUGGCACUGGGGUGUCUGUCUCGAGUUGCCUUGUUUUUGUAUUUGCUGACCUUACAUGAAGGGAGAGAGAGAAACCUAUAACCACCUAAAAGGAAGUGAUUCCCAAACCUUCCAUAACAAAGCUAUCACCUACAGAGAGAUGAACCUGGAGAAGAGUCCCCUGAGCAAGCUGGUCCUGGGGCUCUCUUCACAAACACAAACACACCCUACAGAGCCCCCGGACAGCAGCACAAUUAGACUCAACCAAAUCAUGAGAAAACUAAAAAAUAAUUACAAGACACAUUGGAAAGAAUUAACAAAAAAACAGAGCAAACUAGAAUGCUAUUUGGCCCUACACAGGAAGUACACAGCGACAGAAUACCUGACCACUGUGACUGACCCAAAAUUAAUGAAAGCUUUGACUAUGUACAGACUCAGUGAGCAUAGCCUUGCUAUUGAGAAAGGCCGCCGUAGGCAGACAUGGCUCUCAAGAGAAGACAGGCUAUGUGCUCACUGCCCACAAAAUGAGGUGGAAACUGAGCUGCAAUUCCUAAUCUCCUGCCCAAUGUAUGACCAUAUUAGAGAGACAUAUUUCCCUCAGAUUACACAGAUCCACAAAAAUCCAAUUUUGAUAAACUGCCAUAUCUACUGGGUGAAAUUCCACAGUGUGCCAUCACAGCAGCAAGAUUUGUGACCUGUUGCCACGAGAAAAGGGCAACCAGUGAAGAACACACACCAUUGUAAAUACAACCCAUAUUUAUGCUUAUUUAUUUUAUCUUGUGUCCUUUAACCAUUUGUACAUUGUUAGAACACUGUAUAUAUAUAUAAUAUGACAUUUGUAAUGUCUUUAUUGUUUUGAAACUUCUGUAUGUGUAAUGUUUACUGUUAAUUUUUAUUGUUUAUUUCACUUUAUAUAGUCACUUUAUAUAUUAUCUACCUCACUUGCUUUGGCAAUGUUAACACAUGUUUCCCAUGCCAAUAAAGCCCUUGAAUUGAAUUGAAUUGAGAAA